GAUUUUUUUUUUUUUAUAUUUCUUCUCUUCUUUCUUUUUGUAGGACAACCGAAAACUGUGACGGGAGCAGGCACUAGAUACAUAGUUGCGUUGCUCUGCGUGUCUUGGUUUGGCAGACCCCAGGCGUUUGUGGGGCGUGUGCGGGGAGGGCUGUGGGUCCUGGGGUGAGGGGACUCGGAGUCCUCCGCAAGUGAGCUUGGAGCUGUGGCUUCUAGGUCUGGAAGUAGUGACCCUCCUGCUGCUAGAAAAGAGAGCCCUUGUCGAAUGUUUAAUCCGGUCACGUAGUCGGGUUUCCGGCUACCCUGCAAACCCUGCAGUUUCAGAACUCCGAGUCCUGCCCCCUAGAGCUUGUGCUGGGCGGAGCCUGACAGGGAGCCCUCCUCUAAGACCUGAGCUGGAGACCACAACCAAACUAGAACUAACAGCUUCCGGGUGUGUGUUCUAUAGAUGGAUUUUAGAAUUGAAUACACUUGGGAUGGCUUUCCAGUGAAGCAUGAGCCAGUGUGUGUCCGGCUGAGUCCAGGGGAAAAGGGUGUGAAGAUGGAAGUUAGUGCUCCAUUUUUCAAUGAUCCUCCAGCUCCUCUUGGAGAAGCAGGAAAGCCUUUCAGUGAACUGUGGAAUUACGAAGUUGUAGAAGCAUUUUUCUUGAACGAUACAACUGAGCAGUAUUUAGAAGUUGAACUUUGUCCACAUGGACAGCAUUUAGUUCUUUUACUCUCUGGAAGAAGAAAUGUUUGGAAAAAAGAGCUCGCAUUAUCAUUCAAAGUGUUCAGAGGAGAGACAAACUGGAAAGGCAUAGCUUUUCUUCCUUGGAGUUAUUUUCCACCAAAUGUGACAAAAUUCAACUCAUUUGCCAUCCAUGGGUCAAAUGAUAAAAGAAGUUAUGAAGCCCUUUACCCAGUGCCACAGCAUGAACUCCACCAAGGACAAAGACCUGAUUUCCACCGUCUAGAAUAUUUCAAGCCUUUCAGUUUUAACACCCCGCUUGGAGAAGAAUGGAAGCAGCCAGAAUCAGACUUGUGGCUAAUAGAGAAACCUGAUAUGUAGAAGUAUAGUAGAUAACCAACCAUGUCAAUCAUUUCUCCUCUGUAUUUUUUAAGGUAAUCUAAUAAGAUAUGUAAACACAUUUCAACAACAAACAUUUUAACAGAUGUCACUAAAAUGUAUCUCUGUGGCAAAUUAUAUGUGACUAACAAAGAAAUUGAAAUUAUGUGUAAUGUAAAGUAAUUUUUACUUAAAUAUCCUGUUCAUCCUUGAAAUUAGUAGAAAACAAUAAUCUAUUUCAGUUGAUGAGAUGGUCUAUAUCUGUUAAGUCAUCAAGAUAGAAGAUUUAUUUAACUAGAUAUUUUUACUGUAUAGGAAGAAAUGAAAUAGUCUUUUUUUUUUUUUUUUUUGGUUUUUCGAGACAGGGUUUCUCUGUGGCUUUGGAGGCUGUCCUGGAACUAGCUCUUGUAGACCAGGCUGGCCUCGAACUCACAGAGAUCCGCCUGCCUCUGCCUCCCGAGUGCUAGGAUUAAAGGCGUGCGCCACCAACGCCCGGCCUGAAAUAGUCUUGAAUCCUGGAAAUAGAGUUGCUACUUUUACUUACAGAUAAGUAAUAUUUUCUUAAUGCUUUUAACCAAGAUGUCAGAAAUCUUCAUUUGAUUUUUGAAGUGUCAAACAUUCCUGGUUGAAGUUAGACUCAAAUAUAAUAAAUCAAUAGCCCCUGUUACAUAAAUGGAUCAUGCAAACAAAAAUGCCAACAUAAGGAGCCUCAUAGUGAAACUGCACCACAGAUCAAAUAGACACAGCUGCAGAGUGCUCCACCAACAGCUGCAAAAUGAACUUUAUUUUCAGGGGCUCAUCACUUUCCAGAAUAAGACUAGUAACAUGUUUGUUGCAAUUCAGAUGGCUGUAGCUGCUUGGGUUAUCUAUACCAGAAGACUUUUAGAUCUGAUAAAUCAAUUCAGCCAAGUGGCACAUAGAGCAGUCAGCAUAUAUGCAGAAAUAAUAGCGUUCCCCCCCACCACCACCAAUAACCAAUUACCAAGAAAGAAAUCAGGAAAGCAGUCUCAUUCACAGCAAAAAGAAUAUCUAGGAACAAGCCUUGUGCAUUAGUUGCAUUUCUCCCUGUAGUUACAAGAUAAUUGACAAAAAUAAUUCUGAAGGAGGAUAUAGUCCAUCAUGAUGAGGAAAGCAUGACAACAAGAAUGUGAGGUGACUGGUCACAUUGUGUCUACAGUCAGAAAACAGUAAGAUAGCUAUCCUUAAAAAAGUAACAAAUGCCAGUGAAGGUAAGGAGAAGGACGGCCCUUGUUUACUAGCCAUAAGGAUUUGUAUUAGUCCUGUCAACUGUGGAAAUCAGUAUGGAGAUUCAGAAACACUGGAAAUAGAGCUAUCAUAUGAUCCAGCUCUACUAGUUCUGAGUACAUCCCCGGGGGAAUUCAAAUCAGCAUAAUUCAGAGACACCUGCAUAGCUGUGUUCAUCACAGUUUCAAGCUAUGGCAUCAGUCUAGGUGUCUGUCGACUGAUGAAUGAAUAAAGAACACACACACACACACACACACACACACACACGAGACAGAGACAGAAAUGACAUACUAUUCAGCCAGAAGAAGAACAAAAUCAUGCCAUUUUCAGGAAAAUGGAAGAAAAUUAAGUCAGACUCAUGGUUUUUCCUUAUCUAUGAAAGUUAAGCAAAGCAAAACAUCUGAAUAUUGGACAGUAUCUUAUUAGAAAUGUGGAAGAUGAUUUAAGGAGAGGAUAGGGAUAGGAAAAAGAUGUGGUGGGGAAUAAAAAUGUCCACAGCUGUAUGCAUGUAUAAAUAUGCCAAAGUAAAAUCCACUAUCCUGUGUAAUUAAUAUAUACAAAUUAAAAGUCUAGAACUCACAAAUUUUGUACUGUUUCAGAGCUUGCCUUCUAAUAAGGUCUGUGAACUUCUGCAUCAUAUUUAGUCCUUCUCAACAUCAUUAGCUCAGAGGCCAGACUCACAGAAGGUAAAGUUUAUCACUUAAACACUUUUUUGCCUAUCAACGGUAUAGUUUCCCCAUCUCCUUCCAUUAAAAAAAAAAAGAUUAUUUGUGUGUGUGUUUGUUGCUAUUGUUGCUUCUUUUAUAACAGAAGCUGAAAUUCUAGAGCCUUUUCUUGGAAAUGUUAUUUCCACAAAAACAAAGCCCCCCCCUGUAUUUUCCCAGAUUCCUUUGCAGGUAGUAUGGCCAUGGAAUGGUUUGUGUCAUGUGCUGUAUAACAACAUUUUGAUUAGUAACAGACUGCUGGUGCUGCUUUUGUAACGCUCUACUUGAGCUGAAAUGUGAUAACAUAGCCAUUGUAAUAUUAUGGCACAAUGUACUACAUGUCUGUGGUAAUAUUUACAUAAAGAAACCUACUGAACUGCCAGUUGUAUCAAAUAUAACAAUGUGUAUGGCACAAAAUGCUUGACAAUGAUGAUAAAUGACUGUGUGACUUGCUUAUGAAUUUAGUAUACUGUACUUUCAUCAUCAUUUUGGAGCAUAUUUCUUAUUAAAAGUUUUAUGGUAGAAUAA